AUGUCCGCAACAGGAAAAUCCGAAGUAGUCCAUACCGUCGGGGAUGACUCUGUAUUGGUCUUGGGUGGCGGCCCUGUGGGCCUCAUGACGGCCGCCGUCUUGGCCUUUUACGACGUCAAGUCGGUGGUUUUGGAAAGAAAUUCCGAACCGACGAAGUGGCCGAAGAUGGAUCUGACAAACGCGAGGUCCAUGGAACUGUUGCGCAAGAUAGGGUUGUCGGAAGGUCUGCGCCGUCUGGGAGUCCCCAGUGAUAUUCCAUAUACCGUCUUAAUAUCGACUGGCCUCAGCCAGGAUACCCAUGUCACACAAUGGAACCACCCCUCCGUGGACCAGUACAGGCAGACGAUUGAGUCGACAAACGAUGGAACCCAGCCCAUCGAGCCAUAUCAGCGGAUUUCCCAGCAAAUCUUUGAGUCCUGGAUGAGGGACAUGUGCCAAGAAAGCCCGCUGAUCGACCUUAGAUACGGGCACAAGUUGGAAUCCGUUACAGAGACCGCCGAAGGCGUGGAAGCUCGGGUCAGUAAAGAUGGCGAUGACAACGUUCAGCUAUUCCGAUCAAAGCUUGCUGUUGCAUGUGAUGGAGCGUCGAGUAAGUGUCGGAAAUGCCUCGACAUAUCUCUGGAUGGAGGGCCAAUCCCGGCUACUUUUCUCCUUAUCCACUUUAAGUCCAAAGACCUACAAAAUCUACACAAGCAAGGCCGCUUCUGGCACCUAUUCAUGCUGAAAGAUGGUGGUUUUGGCGGUGCCGUCAUAGCUCAGGACGAAAAGGAAAUAUUCACGGUUCAUUUCCCCCUCGCUCCAGGUGCAGAUGAGUCCACAGUCACGUCCGAGGAAGCCGUGUACACUGUGCUUGGUGGAGUCUAUGAGCCAUACAAUAUUCAGAUCGACGAAGUCCUUGUUCGCUCGACGUUUCAGCCCAGUAUUGCAGUUGCCAACAGCUUUGCUGGCCCUGAACUACGUCUAUUCCUGGCAGGAGACGCAGCUCAUAUGAACAUCCCCACCGGUGGUUAUGGCAUGAACACCGGACUAGGUGACGCUUUUGACAUUGCUUGGAAACUCGCAGCCGUCGUGAACGGUUAUGGUGGCCAAGGGCUUCUCAGAUCGUAUGAAGAGGAACGGAAGCCCAUCGCCACUCAAAAUGUCCAACGAUCCGGUGUGCACAUGGCAGUCCAUCUGGCCGCUGUCGAGCUGAUGGGCAAGAAUGCUCCAGCCAUCGAUGACAAGUCUGAGGAGGGUCUUCAGAUACGCCAAGCUAUUCAUCAACACUAUACCCAGAAUGACGGCGAAAACACAGAUCUGGGAAUAGAGAUGGGAUACAGAUAUGUUUCCUCGGUCUGUCUGCCUGAUGAAUCGGAAACCGAGCCGGUUUGGGAUCCGCAUACUUACCUACCUACCACAUGGCCUGGGAGCCGCGCACCCCAUGUGUUCUUGAAAGACAAAUCGCCUAUUUUCGAUCAUCUUGGUCGAGGUUUCUCUCUAGUAGAGUUCAGCGAUGAAACUACAUCCGACAGAGGAGGCUCUUUGAUCGUAGAAGCCGCCAAGGUUCUUGGACUACCUCUUAGCUAUGUGAAGCUAACAGGGGAGGAUCACGCAGCAAGCAUAUGGCAAAGACCGCUUGUUUUGGUUAGGCCGGAUGGUCACGUUGCUUGGAGAGGAUCAUCCGUUGAGCAUCGAUCGCAGGCAUAUCUUAUUUUGGAGACAGUGGUCGGUCAUCAUGGUUCUCGAUAA